AUUUACCAGAGAUGCUGGUUAGUAUUUAAAAAAGCUUCAAGCAAGGGUCCAAAGAGGCUGGAGAAAUUCUCAGAUGAACGAGCUGCUUACUUUAGAUGCUAUCACAAGGUCACAGAGCUCAAUAAUGUGAAGAAUAUAUUGCGAAUGCCAAAAAGCACAAAGAAGCAUGCUGUUGGGAUUUAUUUUAAUGACGACACCUCCAAAACCUUUGCUUGUGAGUCAGAACUUGAGGCAGAUGAGUGGUGCAAGGUGCUGCAGAUGGAGUGUCUUGGAACGCGAAUUAAUGACAUUAGCCUUGGAGAGCCUGACUUGUUGGCAUCUGGCGUAGAGAGGGAGCAGAGUGAGAGAUUCAAUGUGUAUUUGAUGCCAUCCCCUAAUUUAGAUGUGCAUGGGGAAUGUACCUUGCAGAUAACAUUUGAGAAUAUCUGUCUUUGGGACAUCCAGAAUCCCAGAGUAAAACUCAUCUCUUGGCCAUUAAGUGCCCUCCGACGCUACGGGCGGGACCCGUCUUGGUUCACGUUUGAAGCAGGGAGGAUGUGUGACACAGGAGAAGGACUCUUCAUCUUUCAGACUAGAGAUGGGGAAGCAAUCUAUCAGAAGGUUCACUCGGCUGCUUUGGCCAUAGCAGAACAACACGAACGCUUGUUGCAGAGUGUGAAAAAUUCAAUGCUGCUUGAGUUAAAACUCCCCUCGGGGGAAGCAGUGCUUGCCCAGGACCAGGGGAGCACCAAGCUUCAGAUGAAAAUGAGCGAGCGAGCCAUGUCCCUCAGCACCAUGGUGCCCUUGCCCCGCAGUGCCUACUGGCAGCACAUCACGCGACAGCACAGCACAGGCCAGCUCUACGGUCUGCAAGAUGUUUCUAGCCCAGUGAAGCUUCACCGCACAGACACUUUUCCAACCUACAGGUCAGACCAUCGAUAA